AUGUCCGACACUAACCGCCUCCUUGAAGCUGCCAAGGCUCUAUCGGUUGUCCUCCAGUCCCACUCGAUACCACACGCUUUCCACGGCAGCGUCAUCACAUCCCUCCUUACCAACAGCCCACGUGGCGACGAACUGUUCUGUGUCGUCGAGGGCGGGUCGUCUCAUCCCUUCCGGCGUGUGCGAGAGGCAGUGCGGGGAAACGAUAGCUUCACCACCACGCACUCGCCCUGGAGCAACAGGCUACACGUUACGUACCGACGGCUGAUUCCUGCAAUCGAGAUCGAGAUACUCCCAGCUGGAGAACAUGGCCCUCGACGUCUGGACAACUACACCACCAUGAAACUGUAUGGCAUCCCCUUCCUCACACUCUCGGAGUUCGUUCGGGCGAAGCUGAAAUCGUGGGCAAUACGAGGAUCCGAGCGCGACGCUCACGACAUUGUCUUUGCUCUCUGUCAGUACUGGAACCGACUCGACAUCAACCGCGUCCCUGAACACGACAUGAAUCAAUUCGUCACUUGCCAUCGAGCCGCGGCACUCUCAUGGGCAGCACUCAAGAGGAAAUACGGUAUGUAAAAAAGGCCAAGACCAGGUUGCUCGUCGUGUCAUUCCAACGUCACAAAUGAACGCGGCUCCUGGCGGCCAUCGCGGCGACAGUUAAUUUAAUC